CAGCUCGUGCCAUUCCCCCAAGCAAGCAAUCUUGCAAUGGCGGCGUCCUUCACCUCGCGUUGCGCAAUGCUGGCGCUACUAGCCCUUUUCCUCUCCGGCGCCGACGGGCAGCUGAGCCCGACGUUCUACGCGUCGACAUGCCCGAACCUGGCGACCAUCGUGCGCAGCGCCAUGAACACUGCCGUCGCCAACGAGAGACGGAUGGGCGCCUCCCUGCUCAGGCUCCACUUCCACGACUGCUUCGUUGAGGGCUGCGACGGAUCGGUCCUCCUGGACAACGUGCCUGCUACUCCGACUACUCCGGCUUUCUUCGGCGAGAAGAACGCCUUCGGGAACAUCAACUCCGUCCGCGGCUUCGAGGUCAUCGACACGAUCAAGAGCAACGUGGAGCAAGCCUGCCCCGGCGUCGUCUCCUGCGCCGACAUCCUCACCCUCGCCGCACGGGACGGCACCGUUCUGCUCGGCGGGCCGACCUGGGAGGUUAACCUCGGCCGGCGCGACUCGAUGACGGCGAGCAUGGACCUGGCGAACAGGGACCUCCCGCCACCGUUCGCCAACCUCGUCAAUCCCGACGGUAGCGGCCUGAUCGCAAGGUUUGCCAACAAAGGCCUGAACGCGACCAUGAUGACCGUGCUCUCUGGCGCGCACAGCAUCGGCUUCGCGCAGUGCAAGAACUACCGGGACCGCCUCUACAACGAGCCCAACAUCGAUUUCCAGUUCGCCCAGCAGCUCCAGGCCAACUGCCCCGCCACGGGGCCCGCCGGCGACACCUUCCUGGCCCCGUUCGACGUGCAGACGGCCAACGCCUUCGACAACAAGUACUACGACAACCUCGUCUCCCGGCGCGGCCUCAUCCACUCCGACCAGGUGCUGUACAGCCCCGGCGGCACGCUGGCGUCGGUUGUGAACCAGUACAGGUCGAACAACGCCCUCUUCUUGUCGGAUUUCGUUGUCGCGAUGAAGAAGAUGGGCGACCUCAGCCCGACCGCCGGAUCCGCCAGCCAGAUCAGGACCAACUGUAGGUUCGUCAACCCUUGAUCAUGCAUCGACGGUCUCGUAUGAUAUUAUAUGAAUUACUCUACAUUAUAACUAAAAAAAGUUAAUAAACUCGACCUGGUGACAUGACAGACAGACUGAUCUUUUACCUUUGUAAACUGUAACUACUAUACUGUACAACUUCCGUCUAAUGCUCUACUGGUGUCAACUACCUACUGGCUACUGCUUAAACUAUAUAUUAAUCAUUUCAAAUGAUCAUUGAGCUCCAAUACAUGUAUGUUUGUAAACAAUGCUAUUAUCAGUGACAACAGGAAGGUCCUCGUGCCAUUGUUGCAUAUUUAUUGUAACUUCCUUAACUGUUUCCUG